AUGGAAGGACUGCAAGACGGGUUGCGGAGUGAGGCUGCCCGACAGGAUCUAGCUGCACAAACGGCGGCAAGUCUACUGGAAGCAGUCAACCGAGUACGGAAAUUCGACACUCCGCGGACCACGGAAGGUCGUAAUCCGAUGCUCUACGCUCCAACCCCCUACUCGAAGACCACCGAUCCGCCCGUCGCCGGCAUCUUCCAACCAAUGGCGACCUGUCCCCUUUAA